ACGGCAUCAGUUCCAUAUGUUGCUUCGUUGGACGUUGGUCUGAGACGUUGGAAUUUCUUUCAUAAAUUUGCCGCGUUGCUACGGCGAUAGGUGAAUCUGCUUUCAGUUUUCGUUUAGAGCUCGAGAGUGAGUGACUGCGCGCGGAGUGCUUCCGUUUCACGUGUGUUGUGGCAGAGAUUGAGAACCGGAACCAGAGCUUCGUUCACGCCCGUUGUAAUCAGGCGACAUAGUCGAGCGAGCGCGUAGUUUCUUGCACUUUGCGCUAAGUCUAGUCAGUAAGCGUUGAGUUUAGGCCGUACUUACGUAGUUGGUGCAAUUACAAGUUCAAAAUGUUCAAAUCAAGUCUAAUUGUUUCCUGCCUUUUUGCCGUUGCGAUUUGCGGCGAACUUAAAGUCGAUGUAGUUAGCGUCCCGGAAGUUUGCGAACAAAAAUCCAAAAAUGGAGAUAUGCUGACAAUGCACUAUACUGGCACCCUGACGGACGGAAAGAAAUUCGAUUCAAGUCUGGAUCGGGAUCAACCAUUCACAUUCAAACUUGGAGCUGGACAAGUCAUUAAAGGCUGGGACCAAGGACUUGUAGACAUGUGUGUCGGAGAAAAACGUAAACUUACAAUCCCACCGGAACUCGGAUAUGGUGAUCGUGGAGCCGGAAACGUAAUCCCCGGAGGUGCAACCCUCCAUUUCGACGUUGAACUCAUCAACAUUGGGGAUGCUCCUCCAACAACAAAUGUGUUCAAGGAAAUUGACGAAAAUCAAGAUAAGCAGCUCAGUCGCGAAGAGGUAAACCAAUAUGUCAGUGAAUAUCUGAAAAAGCAAAUGACUGCUGUUGAAGGACAAGAUUCGGACGAAUUGAAGAACAUGCUGAAAGAACACGACAAGUUGGUGGAGGAGAUUUUCCAACAUGAAGACAAGGACAAGAAUGGAUACAUUUCACAUGAUGAGUUCUCCGGACCUAAACAUGACGAACUGUAGAUGGAAAGUCACCAUCUUCCUGUAGACUUAGACGUUUUUUUAUUAUUAUUAUAUAAAGUACGGAUUUUUAUUUUUGCUUUAAAACCAUUUACAUUUACAAAUAUAUUCGUCUUCUGUUAAAUAAGGAACACAAAAUUUUCAUUUUUUGAACACAUUUUUCGAAAGAAAAAAUGUCUGCACGGUUUUAUAACAGAAUUCUAGUUGAGCGCUACCGUGACCUUCUCGUUUUGCUUAACCAACUCUUUUACCAAGGAAUUUUCUUAGUUUCCGCCUUUAAGUUGACGUCCCUUUGGUGUUUUGUUUGCUUUGAUAUUUUCCGGAAAAUUACAGUUAAGUUAUCGUUGUUAUGGAGAACAUAACAAUACAACACAAAUUCGUAGGCUAAUCACAUUUGUAAGGCGAAAAAGAGACAUAUCACUAAUGCAUUUCACACGAAGAAAACUGAAGCUAGAUUGUUACAGAGGACGGAAGAAGUAGGUUAAAGAAUUUUUAUACAUGCUAUUGUACACAUGAACUUAAUAAACGGUUGUCAUAGUUAGAA